AUGCACAUUCCGACUCUUGUUACCGCCUUGACGUUCGGCCCGGCUGUAUUAGCAGCGCAGCUUAAGCAGAUCUCGAACUACAACAAUAAUGCGCAAGCGAAGCCGGGAAUGUGGGUGUAUGUGCCCGAUUCGGUCAAAAGCGACGCUCUAGUAGUUGCCAUCCACUCCUGCCAAUCGUCCGCGCAGUCGUACUUCCAGAACUCUAAGAUUCCAUGGCACCAAGGUUCUGACCGGAAGGGUUACGUGACUGUAUGGCCGAGCUCCACGUCACAGUGCUGGGACGUUUCGAGCAAGGCGUCACUCACACAUAAUGGAGGAGGGGAUAGUAAUGCGAUUGCGAACAUGAUAAAGUAUGCGAUUACGACGUACAAUAUCGACCCGAAGAAGGUGUAUAUUACGGGAGGAUCCUCUGGAGCCAUGAUGUCAAACGUCUUGGCCGCAACAUAUCCCGAUUUGAUCACCGCCGUUUCCCUUUACUCAGGCGUGCCUGCUGGCUGCUUCGUCUCGUCAUCGGGCCAGUCUGCGGCCUGGAACAACACUUGUUCAGGCGGACAAAGCAUCUCGACCGCGCAGCAUUGGGGCGACGUCGUGCGAGGGAUGUACCCAAGCUACAAUGGUACCCGCCCUCGGAUGCAGAUCUGGCACGGUUCGGUAGACGGCACCCUUUCUCCCAACAACUACAACGAGACUAUCAAGCAGUGGACCAACGUCUUCGGCGUCAGUAUGACUCCUACUUCUACUAAGCCGGACACUCCUGAGCGUAACUACCGUAUGGAUGACUUCGGGCCGAAUGUAGAGGGUAUUUGGGCGGUGGGCGUUGGGCACUCGGUACCCUCGCAUUUGGAUGCUUCAGAGGCGUGGUUCGGCCUGUAA